GGCGUGGCGGCUGGCGCGGCGGGGACCUGCGUGAGGAAGCCCUGAGCCCUCGGCGGGCUGCGAGCGACUCCCCGGCGAUGCCUCACAACUCCAUCAGAUCCGGCCACGGAGGGCUGAACCAGCUGGGAGGGGCCUUUGUGAACGGCAGACCCCUGCCUGAAGUGGUGCGUCAACGCAUCGUGGACCUGGCCCACCAGGGCGUGCGGCCCUGUGACAUCUCCCGCCAGCUCCGAGUCAGCCAUGGCUGUGUCAGCAAGAUCCUUGGCAGGUACUACGAGACCGGCAGCAUCCGGCCUGGAGUGAUAGGGGGCUCCAAGCCCAAGGUGGCCACCCCCAAGGUGGUGGAGAAGAUUGGAGACUAUAAGCGGCAGAACCCCACCAUGUUUGCCUGGGAGAUCCGAGACCGGCUCCUGGCGGAGGGUGUCUGUGACAAUGACACUGUGCCCAGUGUCAGCUCCAUCAACAGAAUCAUCCGGACCAAAGUACAGCAACCGUUCAACCUCCCCAUGGACAGCUGCGUGGCCACCAAGUCCCUGAGCCCAGGACAUACGCUGAUCCCCAGCUCAGCCGUAACGCCCCCAGAGUCACCCCAGUCAGACUCUCUGGGCUCCACCUACUCCAUCAACGGGCUCCUGGGGAUCGCUCAGCCUGGCAGCGACAGCAAGAGGAAAAUGGACGACAGUGACCAGGACAGCUGCCGGCUGAGUAUCGACUCCCAGGGCAGCAGCAGCGGGCCCCGCAAGCACCUGCGCACAGACGCCUUCAGCCAGCACCACCUUGAGCCGCUCGAGUGCCCAUUCGAGAGGCAGCACUACCCGGAGGCCUACGCCUCCCCGAGCCACACCAAAGGCGAGCAGGUGAGCAGCCAGGGCCUCUACCCGCUGCCCUUGCUCAACAGCGCCGCCCUGGACGACGGCAAGGCCACCCUGACCCCUUCCAACACACCGUUGGGGCGCAACCUCUCGACUCACCAGACCUACCCAGUGGUGGCAGAUCCUCAUUCACCCUUCGCCAUAAAGCAGGAAACCCCCGAGGUGUCCAGUUCUAGCUCCACCCCUUCCUCUUUAUCUAGCUCCGCCUUUUUGGAUCUGCAGCAAGUCGGCUCCGGGGUCCCAGCCGGUGCCUCGGUCCCGCCCUUCAAUGCCUUUCCCCAUGCUGCCUCCGUGUACGGGCAGUUCACGGGCCAGGCGCUCCUCUCAGGGAGAGAGAUGGUGGGACCCACGCUGCCCGGAUACCCGCCCCACAUCCCCACCAGCGGGCAGGGCAGCUAUGCCUCUUCUGCCAUCGCAGGCAUGGUGGCAGGUAAGGAGGGGGCUGGGCAGGAGGGGACUCCUACAACCAGGAAGUGUUGGCCAAACGUGGAGCAAAAGGGAACCAGAGGUAGGGUGUGUCCCCUGCACAGACUUCCCAAAGGGCAUCAAAGGAGCCACCGAAGGGCACAUCUUGUAAAUGCCUCGAGCCAAGAUGUCACUGCAGUCCCGGCUCCUUAACUCUCCCCCGGCUCAGCCUCCUUCUUCCCACAUGCUCCCAGACUCCCCGUGAUGAAAUGGGCAGGGCUGAGACAGACCAGUGUUCAAAUCCAAGCUCUGCCACUUCUUCCAUUGACUCAGUCAGCCUUGAUGGAGAGUGCUCUAGGGGUCCGCAGAACCCUGUGAG